AUUCUAAAAGAAAACGAAAACUGGGGAAAAACUCGCUGGUAAAGAAGAGCUACAUUCAUGAAAGAAGAAAAUGCUUAAAUUAUGUAAGUUCGAGUUUAGUUUAAAUAGAACCGUACUAAUAAACUUUAGACAGUUAUUUCGAUAUAUUUUUGUAGAAUUAAGGUUACAAAAUUUCCGAUCUAAGUUAUAUAAAUAUUGAACCUGAUGUGAUGUAGCAAGUAAAAAAGUUAAGUUUAAAGUAAGUAGGCUACAAAGGCUAAGAAUAAGAAAGACUAAGUCAUAAGUCAAGUUAUUAGUGUAUUAAAAAGUUAUUAAGUCAGUAAGCAAAGAAUUUGUAGUAAGUUUCUACUGAAUUGUCUGAAUGAAUAGGUAUUUCGGUAAAAAUAAAUAAAACUAAAACAAUUAUAAAAAUAUUACAGUAAAAUAAAGCAAACGUCAAAUAAAAAAAAGAAUCAACUGUCUAGCUUUAGUUUAGUCUAGAAGUCUAGAACUUAUUAAGUUAAGUAGACUAUUUUAUAUCUCUAAUGAGACUCAUGCUGUAAAGGUAAAACUAUCAUGCAAUGUUUGUAAUUGUCAUCAUAGCUAUAGCCUGCCACACAAUGGUCGCUCUAAUGCAUGAACUUCCCAUCUGCUAAAGUUAGUUGACAACUCAUGCAUUCAAGUAACGCACUUAAUAAGUUUCCCAAUUAGUGCCCCCCGACUUCCUGUUACGCCACCAUCCCCGAACAAUAUUUAUAUUCUAAUGUCCCCUCCCCCCUUUAUAUCACUGAUUUAUUACAACUAUUUCCGUAAAAAACAAACAAAAUAUUACUCACCAAGCGCAUUUGAGGUUUUAUAAGAAUUUCAUUAAGUGCAGUUAUCUAGAAUUUUAAUUAUUGAAAGCAUUAGCUGCAUUAGUUGAUUGUUUAAUUGUUACAUAUAGAAUUAUUUAUUUUGAUAUAUUUACAAAUUUCACUUACAGCUGAAGAAGUUUACAGCGGAAAAAGAAUGGCACUUGUAAUGCUUUUGUAAAAUAAUGGCAAUGAGAUCACCACUUCAUCAACUUUCUCAAGAUUUGAAGAAAAUUCACCAAACAAUUCAAAACUUCUCAUUUGAACUUUAAUUGGAAUUUUUAUUAUUGCUAAGUGUCUGUCCAUCUCCAAAUAAUGUCGAAGUCAUCAGAGGAGGUGUUGUUAAUUGUAAAAAAUGUUAAGAACAAGAAGACAGAUGGAACAUUGUACAUGAUGGGAGAGCGUAUGGCUUGGAUGCUCGAGUCUAAACAUGUUUUUAACAUCAGCUACAUGUAUGCUGAUAUAAAAAGUGAGUCAGUCCUGCUUAUAUUUUUUUUAAAAUAGUGUAUUAUAAUUUAGAAUUUUCUCUAAUGUACACCCUGAUUAAUAUUUUUUUUUCAUUUGGCUUUAUUUUUUAUCAGUAUAUUUGAUGAUGUGUUCAUUAUUAUGAACUUAUUUCAGCUCAAAAAAUCUCACCUGACACAAAAGAAAAAGUUCAGUUACAGGUUAUUCUGCACGAUGGCAGUGCAAAUACAUUCCUUUUUAACAAUCCCAAGGGACGAAAAUGCCAAUUGCAAGAUCGUGAAUCUAUCAAAGAAUUAUUACAGCAGCUGUUACCCAAAUUCAAGAGAAAAAUUAGCUCAGAACUGGAGGAAAAAAAUAGGUAAGAUAUCUGCUUCUUUGCAAAGGUUGUUAAACAUUUAAAGGCAUUCUCAUUUGAAUACAAUUACUAGUUGUUGGUUUUUACAAAAGGAUAAUUUAUUUCCCUAACCAAGUGAAUAAAAUGCUGUAAUUAAUUUCAAGACAAAAAGAAUGUCAAAAUUUUAAAUAGAAUUAAAUCACAUAUUAAAAUUUAAACAAAGGAGUUACAGACGCCCAUGGUCUAUGCAAACAAGGCAGGUAGACUUUUCAACGAAGCUGCUUUAGUUUAGAAAUGUGUUUUUAGUUUAAAUGUCUACCUUGAAUAUCUGCACCCUGGCAAAAAUUUAUAAAACAAAGAAAAAGCCUGUACAGAAGGCAAUAGUCCAAGGGAGAACUGUUCUUUUUUCAGUUUGGGACUGUAUAAUUAUUGUGUUUUAUUACUGCCUUAUUGGAUACUCCAGUCUGAUGGAAAUAAUAAUUAAUGUAAUAAAAUUGUGUGCUAGAUUAGAAUAAUUAAUGAGAACAAUGUUAACAUCCAAAUGAAGUAGAUAAAUUCUAAAAGGAUAAUACAGUUAAAAAAAAAAAAAAAAGAUUUAUUUAUGAUGGCAUUCGCAUCACUACCAUGGAAACAAGUGAACUCCAACAAUUUAUUGAUUUAGUGUUUUAUUACUGACUUAUUGGAUAAUCCAGUAUGAUGGAAAUAAUAAUUAAAGUAAUAAAAUUGUGUGCUAGAUUAGAAUAAUUAAUGAGAACAAUGUUAACAUCCAAAUGAAGUAGAUAAAUUCUAAAAGGAUAAUACAGUUAAAAAAAAAAAAAAAAAAGAUUUAUUUAUGAUGGCAUUCGCAUCACUACCAUGGAAACAAGUGAACUCCAACAAUUUAUUGAUUUCUAAACCUAUUCCAUCAACUUAUUAAAUUUACUUCACAAAUCUCUGAGAACUCUCGUACACUUUAUGGACAUUUCCCAUGUUUUUCUUGUUUUAUAUUGUCUGCUGAGGAAGGAAUUUAUCCAAUACAUUCUUUUAAUUGUUUUGUCUUUUUUUUCAAGCCUAAAUUUAUUUUGUCGAAAUAUCUAUUUAGAUUCUACAAUUUGCAGUCAAUAUGAUUUUGGAACAUCAGCUGAAAUGGACAGUGCAAUUAAACAUAAAGAUAUUUACCUACCAAUAGGAGAGAUCAAUAAGCUUUGAAUAUUUUUUUUUUGACAAUAGCUCACUAUCUUUUCCCUUACCCUAAAGUAGGGAUACAUUUUCAAAUUCUUCUCCCCUGGUAGUAAUAUGAUUUAUUUAUUUAUUUAUUUAUCUAGGCAUUUUUAUAUAGCUCUUACCUUAAAGCUCUAAGCGCUUUACAAUUUUUAAAAACAUGUAAACUAAGUAAAAUAAAAAUGAGACAUUAGGAUAGUAAUUACUAUACUAUAGAAACAAUUAAAAUGGCUAUAAAACGAGGACACUUUGACACGUUUUGGCCUAUACUACAGGAUCAACCCGAGACAGAAAAUGAGACAGGGCAAGGAGGGUGCAUCACAGGUCAUAGGCGGACCUAAACAGAUGGGUUUUAAGGGACUUUUUAAAAGUGGACAAGGUUUUACAAUGAGGGAUAUGGAAGGGGAGCUGGUUCCAGAACAUGGGCCCAUGGAAGUAGAAGGAGCGUUCACCGAUGGUCUUAGUUUUGGUUCUUGGGAUUGAGAGGGUUCUAUUGUCAAUGGAAGAGCGAAGUUGUCUUGUGGGGAUGUAAGGAAGCAACAGUUCAGAGAGAUAGACAGGAAAGUGAGGGUCAGUGAACGAGUUGAAGCAUAAACCAAAAUCACCAGUAUACUGUUUGCUCUUGAAGAAAGCCAUUUACUAUCAAACACUAAUUUGUUAGUUUUGCCCUCCAAGUUACUGGUCCACAAAAAUACUAGAAGGAGUCUUUUCUAAUAAUUUUUGUAUAAAAUAGUUGUCCCUUACUUUGAAUUUCUCUGCAUUUACUUUAAAUAAUCAAGAUGAUAUUAUUUCUUUCUUAAGAGUUCUACAGCAAGACCCAGAAUCCUUCCAGCUUUAUAAAGACUUGGUUGUGAGUGGUGUCAUAUCACCUGAAGAGUUCUGGGCAUCCCGAGCGCAUGUAAGUUUUAUUUUAUAAAAUGUCCGAUUUUUUUUUAAAAACCUGCUAUUGUUGUAAACCGACCUACCCACAUAGUUACUGGCUAUGUACAAAUGGGUGACAGCAUCAAGGGCGAAAUGAUUCUGAAUUGUAGUUUCCCUUUAUUUAAAUAACAAUCAUGUCUAUGUACAAUUUGUUUUCUGCAUCAAUUUAUCAGAAGAGGUGUAUUUGGAUAGAAUACUUACCUGCAGCAUGUUAAAUUCCCAUUUCGAUCAACCUCCCCACCCCAACCACAAUAAUAAUCUCCUAUUUUUAUUUUUAGAUUUUUAAAUAUAAUUCAUUCUUAAGAGGUCUAAUACAUAAGUGCCACCUUAAAUUAUAAAUAAAGACAAUUCAGAAAUGUCAUACAUUAUAAGUUAAUAACUCCAAUUAUUAUUUAUAAAUUUCACUUCACCCAACAGAUGUUAUCAUCUUCAUCCAACAAAUUAGCAGCAGGUCAAAAUGUUGGGGUCUCUCCUGCAUUCUUGGUAAGCCAGACUGUUAAUUUUAUUUCAUUAGGAUGGUUUUGUAUUUCGUAAUUUUUUCAUGUGACCUUUCAUAAAAAUGUUAUAAAGUAUGGUGAGUGUCAAAGUAAGAAUUUAAGCUGCUUGUUCAAAGUUUGUUAGUUACAUGUAAAUAUAUAUUAAGUAAAUUUAAUUUAUGCUUAUUUAAAUGUUUUGUUUUUUUUGUACUGAUGAAGGCAUGUGCCGAAACUUUUAUAUUUUGUAAAAUCAUCAUUUAAGCUGAACAAACAUUGUUUUAUUUACACAAAUUGUUUGUGUCUAAUCGCUCUGCUUGAAACCCCCAAAAAGUUUUGGUUGUAGUUAAAACAUGUCGUUGCCAUGUUCCCCAGGCUGACAUAAAGCCACAAACAGACGGCGCUAACGGGCUCAAGUAUAACCUCACAGCGGAUAUUAUUCAGUCCAUCUUCAAAACAUAUCCCAUGGGUAGGAUCAUUUUUUAUCUUUUCCACAAAGUCCUACCCUUCUCAACAUUUAGUUUUCAGUUGUAACAUUCCUGUUUGGGAUGGAGAUCACUGUGUCUGUUAUCUACUUUCUAGUUUUUAAUUAUUUUUUUUUAUACUUUAUAUCAUCUUUUAUUAUUUUCUUUCCCAUUCAUAUCACAUUAUAUAAAAUAUGUACCAGCGAACUGAAUUUAAUCUCCUUUUCAACAUUAAAAAAUGUGUUUGUGAUUAUUUUUGUAAAGUCAAUAAAAUAAGCCCAUUUAAAUGUAAAACAACCAUCAUCAGUUAAAAAGAAACAUGCCGAAGCUGUCCCACAUCUUGUCUCUGAGAGCGAAUUUUGGACCCGUUUCUUCCAGUCUCACUACUUCCACCGUGAUCGGCAAGCCUUGGCAUCUAAGGAUAUUUUUACUGAGUGUGCCAAAAAUGAUGAAGAAGGUUUGUAAUUAUUUUAAUGCCGUUGGACUUUGGCCUAAAGGCAAAAAUAUUUUUAAUAUUUAAAAUAUUAUCAUGAAAUAUACUAUAGUACUAUUAGUGCCUGUACUAUUUAUAGUAUUUGAUAUUUAGAUUAACAUCAAGCAGGAGGAAUCUAGACCAUUGUGGGCAUUAUUUUUAAAGUUUAAAAAAAUAAUUCUUUUUUUUUCCCUCCCUCUCAGUCAUGAAGGAAGAAAUCAGUAAAAAUGUCAAUGAUCCUCUAGUUGAUCUUACACAGAUCAAGGACCAAAACAUUGAUGAUGUAAGUUGUGUUGAGCUGUAUCAAAAAAUGUGCUCUGUAUACUCAAAGGUAUGGGUAAUGGAGUUGAGAGUAAACACAAUCUCUGUUGACUUGUCUUAACCUCAAGAAUGUGGUGUCGAUUUCUGAUGAAAGUCAGAGAAUCCACACGUUAAAUGGUUUAUUUUGAGGGGUAAGUCUUACAGUUACAGUAGAAAAAAAAAAUAUAGCUGAGACUUAGCUUGAUUUAUAGAAGAAAAUUGUGUCCAGCUUGUUGUCAGGAGACAUCUGAUGACUGUCAUUAUACAGCAGUGCUUUUCAAUAGAAGUAAACUCUUUCACAAGAACUCUCAAUUUUUUUUACCCCAGGAAUACAGAGGCAUGGUAGAUGACACCCGCUCAAGCAACAACAUUGCCAACCAGUCAAUGAUCCGGCGUUUCAACCAGCACUCCACAAUGGUUCUCAGAGCAGGGUGCAGCAUAUCAACCACAUUACCAUCCACCUCUACUUCAGAAGAUGGCAGCAGUCUCCCGAAAGAAGUGUUAAAGCCAGACAAUGGUAGGAAGUCAAAAUCCACCAAUGGCUCUCAGAUAAAUGGCAUGACACCCUUACCAAAUGAAACAUCCUGCAGCAAUUAUUUGGAAGAACCUCUCAGAAAAAAGGUCAGUUACAGGUGAAUGUCUGGAAUGUUCAAAAUUAUGAGUUCGGACAAUGUGGUUUGUUGUUAUUUGUUGGACUUAGCUAAUGCCCACUUACAGAUCAAGAUUGAAGACAUUUUACUUGUCAGGUUUGUGCACCUCCUUCAUCUCUAAAUAUAACAGAAUAUUGAAAUGAUAGAACAUUCUAGCUGAUCAAUAUUGGAGUUGCGAUUACCAAUUUAAAGAAAUGAUAAGUGUUGAAUGAUUUAACUUGUUUUAAAAACUUGGAUUACAUUUUUACCAAAAAUUUCAGAGAAAAAUUAAAGAAAAGUUGGUUUAUGAAGACCUGGAUAACGGUCCAACCCAAGAAGGGGUCACAUUAAGGUAAAAAAAAAAAUAACAAAAAAAAAAAACAGUUUCUGGAAAUUUUUGAUUAACUAUAUAAAAAGAUAUUCUCAAUUUUCUUAUACAGCAUGUAUCUUAACUUUUGAAACAUCAGUUUAAAAACAGAAAUCUAAUUCCAUUGCUGGCUCUUUAUUGACUUUUUGUUUGUCCAAAUCUUCUGGUUACAUUCCAGUUUUAACUGAUGAACAUUUAUUAUUUAACACACUUGUCAAAUAUUAACAGAUUAACUCACAUGGAUCGUUACCUCCAUGGGCCCACCCCAGCUACAAGCAGCUCAUCACAUAUGGACAGCUCGGUGUCUAUGGGUGAAUUCAGCACAGAAGAUGCCAUACAAACUUUGGCAUACAAUGUGGGCAGCUGGGGUACCUCUAGACACAAGGUUGGUCAAAAAACUUAUUUUAUUAUUUUGCAUUGAAGGGACAGCUCGGACAUAGUGCUGCACAAUCAUAAGGACACGGGACAUUAUGCUGCACAGUCAGACGUUGGCCAUUGUGCUGCAGUCAGCAAAACACAGGCCAUAGUGCUGCACACUCAGUUAGACACAGGACAUUUUGAUGCAGUUCUAUCAUUUACUUGUAAAACCAGAACAAGAAAUAAAUAAUAUUAAAUUUAACACUGCAACAAAAAUACACAUUCAUUGUCAUCAGCUGACAGGUUGUUAGCAGAGAAACCGGUAGAAAAUGGAGUGUUGUUUUUUUUUAAUGAAUUUAUUAAAAACUGACUUGUUUCCAAAUUUGUAUUAUUAUUCGAUAGUGGUAAUAUUUUGUUGACUGAAGAUUAACAUUUGUGAAAUAAAUUUCAGAUUAAUUUUUAUUGGAGCGGGCAAGACGAAAAAAAUGGAAUUUAUUAUACUAUUGUAGAUUAUAUAAAUUUUUAAUUUUUCUUUGCUUGGGUGAUAAUUGAUAAAUCAUAUUUAAAAGAAUAAAGGAGAAUUAAUUUAUUAAAAUUCAAAGAGCCACAUGCAGUCACGCGUUGCUGACUGUUGUUCUAACCUCUAAUAUUUACAUUUGAAAUUGAUAAAAUAUAAACAAAAGUUCUUAGAUGCCAUAGUUGUGCCUGAUCAUUUUGACCACCUUGGUAGGAUAUCUGUGUUAGUGGAUUCACCACUGAGAUUUGUGGCUUCCAACAAAUCCACAGUGAGAAUGUACUUUUUAAUAAUUCAUUUAUUGCAUUGUUUGACCCAAAGGUUUAUUAAAUGGAUCUCAUGAGUAGGUUUUUAAAAAAACUCUAGAGGAAGGAGACAUAAAUUACUUGUAAAUGUUGAUAAGAUUUUUAGAAAACUUGAACUGACAGUAGCAUAUGUCUAUAUAGGGUUCAUCUUGGCAUGAAUUUUGCAACAAUUAAAUAUGUGAUUUUAUUAGCAAUAUCUAAACUUAUGAUUGUGACUGAAAUUUCUCUGUAGCUUCCAGUGAGGUCGUAUGCCUUGUCGGUGUUAGGGGAACUGUCUCCUGGAGGUGCUCUCAUGUCUGGGACUUCCCUUCAGAAGCUUCACCGUAAGUUCAGCUGGAUCUUUUUGGCUUGUUGUGUUCCAGAUGAACUUUAGUAUUUGAUUCCAUUUCAUCUCUUAAAACUUAAUUUUUCUGUCAUGAACUUUUCUUAACUCACCACAAAAUUGUUGAUUGUUUUAAUUCAUUUAACUUGAUAUGUUCAAGUGAUAUAUUUGAGUAUGAGUGAAUUAUCCAAGUAUUUUUAAAUUUUGUUGACACGAAAAGAGCAAGUAACUCCAGCUACAAGAGACGAGAUCAAACAGAACUACAAUGCCAUGUGUGAACUGCUGCGACAUUUCUGGGCUUGUUUCCCAGUUUCAUCUAAAGCUCUGGAGGAUAAGGUAAUUAUCAAGCUAAUGUAGUCAUCACCUGGAUAGUCGACCAAGCUUAUCUUGACAUCACCUGGAAAGUGAUGGCAGGGAUGGCAGGUAUUAGUGAACUAUGCAGAUUCCACUCCACCAUUCUCCUAUUAGGAGGUGAAGAUUCAGCCCAGUGCUCUCUACUAGUGAAUGAAGAUCUCUAGGUCACCAGGUUCAUUAGUAAUUUGAAUAACUAGCCUAUGAUUUAACUCUUGAGCUCUUCUGGCUCAUCUACAGGUCAUCCAAUAGUCAAGUUGGUAACUCUUUUAAGUAAGGUCCUUUCACUCAAGUUCACCUCUUUUUCAGAAUACAAGACCAUAUUUUUUCCCCCACUAAAUGAUGUGAAAAGUACCAGGGAUACCAAGUUGCAUAAGUUGUUUGUUUCAACUUCAAACUGAUUUUGAUAAAACAAAUCAGAAGCAGAGGAGCAACAUUGCCAGUUAUUGGAUUUGCUUGAUUUACUUGUGUGCUGAGUUGGCUCACUGCUAACAUUUUUGUGGUAACUUUUGUGUUAACAAGAAUCAGGGUCCAAUCUUAAACUUGAUGUGUGAAACUUUAGUGCGCCUAUGUUGUCCUUAUCUUCGUACCCGAAUUUUUUAAUCUCUUUUUUUUUUCAGGUUUUAAAGAUGAGAGUGACUCUAGAAAGAUUUGAGAUGAGCAAGCUGAUGCCAUUGAAGGAGAAACUAGAACAAUAUCAUUAUGCAAUGAAUGUAAGUCUCUGAUUUAAAUAUUGGUUAAUUUUGUAAACAUCUGCCUUUUGGUUUUCAUCUGUUCACAUAUUUUUCAUGCAAUUCUUUUUUAGAAAACAUAAAUUGUUAGGGAAGACCUUUCACACAGGUGGGAACUGUCUUGCUAUCAGUAUCCAGCAUGUUGUCUGCAUUUUCUAUAAUGGGGUUUACCAUCAUUUAAAAUCCACCAGCUCCUUUUGGGAGAAGUAAAAAGAUGUCACCCUAAAAUUAUCAAUUUGUUCCGUAUGGAUUGAAUUUGGAAGAAUCAGGGCUUUGGGUUUAGAAUUUAUUAUUCCACAAUUUUGAAAAAUAGAAUUUGAAGUACAUGCACAUCACAGACGUAAUGACUUGGUCAUUAAUAUUAUUUUGUUCACUAACUUAUACAAAAUGAACUCUGUUUAGAUUUUUUUUUCUUCCUUUUUUUUUUUAAAACAUAGAAAGUAUAAAAAUUAUUGAAAAUAUAAAUUGACUAAAAGGGAAAGUAACCCGAGUCAUCAAUUAUUUGCUCUAAUUUUUUAUUCAUUCACUUUGAGAUUGGUAAAAUUUUCUUCCAGCUGACUGGCCAUUUGGAAGAAAUGCUGAGGGCAGCCUACAUCAAGUUUGACAUGUGGCAAGCAAAACGAAGUGCAAGGAGAACAUGACAUCAAGUCUAGCAUUUAUCUGUUCAGCAGUGUGGAAGGUUCUGUUAUCCGUAUCAAGUGUUCUCUCAUCAUGCUUUCAAUUGGAUUAUUUUGUACAUUAAACUUUGUUUUCUUUCUGUGUUUCUGAGAAUUUGUUGUUUUUUUUUGAGUUAGGUUAGAGAACUCUUCUUUUAGUGUAAUAAAUUACUGACAUCCACUGCCUUCAUUGCUUACUCAUCUUUGUGAGAUUAAAAUCCUAAAUGUUACUGAAGAGAGUAGAAUAUGUUUUUUAAGAGUAAAUCCACUUUUUGAGAUGCAAUAAAUAUUU